UAACUGACUAAAUCAGGAAUAGCAAAUACGCAGCCGUAUUCCGGACGGAGGUCUUCCCGUGGGCCUGAGCCAUUAGACGAUGGUCCUCUUUUGAGCGCACCCUAGGUUUUUGACGAAUUGAAGUAGCCUACUCUCAGUUACAAAGAACAAAAAAAGGUUUGAUGAAAUUGUUGCAGAGACUCCAAGGCAGACACGGCGGUAGAGAAACGAAGAAUUGUGGAAUCGAGCGAGUUAUUGAUUGAUUGAUGCUGUAAUAAAUAAUUAAUUGCGCGCGAGGAUGGUUGGGGAUGAGAGCGGAACGACGUCGUCGAUGGCGGAGGCGCAGUACGUGGGGGCGAAGACGUCGGUGUGGUGGGACAUAGAGAACUGCCCGGUGCCAAAGGGGUGCGACCCGAACGCGAUCGCGCAGAACAUAAGCUCGGCGCUCGUGAAGAUGAACUACUGCGGGCCCCUCUCUAUCUCCGCCUACGGCGACACCCACCGCAUCCCCGCCUCCACCCAGCACGCGCUCUCCAGCACCGGCAUCGCCAUCAACCACGUCCCCGCCGGUGUGAAAGAUGCGAGUGACAAGAAGAUUUUAGUCGACAUACUGUUCUGGGCAGUAGACAACCCCGCUCCCGCGAACUUUAUGCUGAUUUCUGCUGACAGGGAUUUCUCUAAUGCACUCCAUCAGCUGCGCAUGAGGAGGUAUAAUAUUCUUCUAGCACAGCCGCAAAAAGCGUCUGUGCCCCUUAUGUCUGCAGCAAAGACACUAUGGCUUUGGACGAGCCUCUCUGCUGGAGGACCCCCGCUUUCGAGUGCGGAACAUUGCGGGUCAAACCUAGGAUUGUUGGAAUUGGGAGUACGAGCAAUCCAAGACAAAAGUAUGCCGCCUAGACAACGCAGAGUUCCGCGUCGCUAUAGGGAUAAGGAAUCAGCAUGCGGUAGUGGCAGUGAAGCACCUCCACCUCUAUCUCCACCUCCACCCCCACCUCCUCCUCCGCCUCUUCCACCCCAAAUGCCUGACUUCGGGCUAUUUUGGGAAGCUCUUAUGGCUGCUGUGCCUAGGGCAGCUGAGCGAGCUCCAGUUGUAAGUUGUACACCAGCUCAAUUCCUCGGACUCCAUCCUCCUGAGUUCCAUGGAGAUGAGGGAGCUAUAGCUGCGAAUGAUUGGCUUACUUCUUAUGAGGGGUUAGCCGAAAGAGCUAAGUGUACCGACGAACAAAAAGUUGAGUACGCUAGUCUUGUGUUUCGAAGUGAAGCACAACAGUGGUGGAAAUCCAAGAGACUACAUCUUGUAACAGAAUAUGGACAGGGAGUUCCCAUUCCGUGGAGACGCUUCAAGCGAGAGUUUAAUAAUCGUUUCUUCCCUCUUGCUCAAAGGCAACAAUGUGCGAGGGACUUCCUAGAGCUCAAACAGGGGUCCAUGUCCGUGGAGCAAUAUUCAGCAGAAUUUUUGAGGCUAUCCAAGUAUGUUCCAUAUCUCAUUCCCGAUGAAGGGACCAAGGUUGAGAAGUUUCGGGGUGGCUUAGCGCUACAAAUCCUUGAGCGAAUCAUUUCCGUAAAGGUGGCUGAUUAUUCUGAGAUGGUGCAUGUUGCCACCAUGGCUGAGAUAGGGAUUAAGACGGCACCAGCAGAUUCCAUGAGUAGAAAACGGUCCACGUCUGUGGGGACCUCCUCCGCACCACCGCCCAAGAAGCAAGCUACCAGUGGUAGCUCAGGAUCACAGGGAAGGAGAAAGAUUCAAGUUAGCCAGGGUAGUGCCAGUUGCCCACGAUGCAGUAAAUGCAAGAAGAUGCAUACAGGAGAGUGUAGAAUGGGGUCAAAUUCAUGCUUCAAAUGUGGCAAAGUGGGCCACUUUGCUAGAGAUUGCCCACAGACAGGUUCCAGUAAAGGACAAGGGUCUCAAGCUAGUGUCAAUCAACCUAUGCCUACAGUUCCAGCCAAGGUAUACACUAUCACCCCAGAGAAUGUCCUAGCUGAGGACAAUGCUACCGAUGUGGUCACAGGUACGAUUCCAUUGCUUGGUAGAGUUGCUUGUGUAUCGACUGAUUAUUCUGAGAUGGUGCAUGUUGCCACCAUGGCUGAGAUAGGGAUUAAGACAGCAGCAGCGGAUUACAUGAGUAGAAAACAGUCCACGUUUGUGGGGACCUCCGCACCACAGCCCAAGAAGCAAGCUACCAGUGGUAGCUCAGGAUCACAGGGAAGGAGAAACAUUCAAGUCAGCCACGGUAGUGCCAGUUACCCACGAUGCAAUAAAUGUGGGAAGUUGCAUACAGGAGAGUGCAGAAUGGAGGCAAAUACAUGCUUCAAAUGUGGCAAAGAGGGCCACUUUGCCAGAGAUUGCCCACAGACAGGUUCCAGUAGAGGACAAGGAUCUCAAGCCAGUAUCAAUCAGCCUAGGCCUACAGUUCCAGCCCGGAUGUAUGCUAUCACCCCAGAGAAUGUCCUAGCCGAGGACAAUGCUAUCGAUGUGGUCACAGGGAAUUCAAGGUGGGUUGAUGCCAUGGAAUGGUCUGGACAGAAACAGUUCAGGCCAACCGCAACCGUUCCAUUUUUAGUUGAUGGUGCAGAAGCUGGAUUGCUAAAGAGCCAUUGGCCUCAGUUUCCUCAAGGUCCCUCCCGUAUUCUAACUUAAGCAACACUGGUCCUAACAAUAUUGCAGGUCCAUGAUGCUGGUCAUAUAGUUCCAAUGGAUCAGCCGAAAGCUUCAUUAGAGAUGCAAGGGAAACUUGCCAUGACUGAGAUAGAAGAUAGGGUUGCUCCCAAGUGAUGGCCUCGGUGAAGCCAACAUCCUCUUCUUGAGCAUAUGUCUAAAUUAUUUCAAUUUUGUGGAUUUCAGAAUUGGUUUCCGGGCUUGUUUUAAACGACAACUGAAAGAUUUUCUUUGUCAAAUGGGAGUUCAAUGAAGGAUGGUAAACUGAUCUGUUGACCCAGCUUGCAUCUUGUAGCUGUAUAUUAUUUAUUUAUUUCUCUUAAAUGCUUCUGCUCGUGCAUCUCCAUCUUUUUCCCUCUUGCAAUGAUAUGACACUGACAAUGAUGCUGAUGGUGAUUGAAUCAGUUAUAUGUAUAUUCGUAUCUAUUAUUUGUGUAAUAAAAUUCCGUUCAACUUGUUUCA